CAGCCGGCGAGCUAAGAAUCGAACAUUCUAUUACUUAACUUCGGAUCUCCUUUUCAGACCCGGCCCAUAGAAACUGAUCUCAACAACCCUUCGGAACCCUCAUACUGCAAGACCGAAACCACCUCGAGCUCUAUCAAACCAAUCGUGGAAUUUCACAUGACGUUCGACACAUCUCCAACUUUACUCAGUUCUCGGGUCUUCAGGGGGGCCAGUCCAGACCCAACGUACCGUGGAAUCUCUUGGAGUAAUGAGGGCCAGUGUAUGGUAGUAACCCCCCGAACUAUAACAAUACUAACUCCACACAUCGCUUCUUCCCUGCCACCGCCUCGUAAUCCGUUAACAAGUCAGCAAUCUAUGAAGAUAUCGGAGGCUCAAAAGCUCUCCAAUAUCAAGCCUGGGAUUCAAGCGACAGACAGUGGAUACAACAACAACAACCAACAACUCAAAGCUAGAAGGUUGGAAGGCGGCGGAGUGCAGUGGUGGUCGACAGCAAUAAAUGUUGAGAUAAAUGAAGAGAGAGAAUGGCUGUAUGGAUGGGGAGAUGUAUCAGAUAACUACUUGUCAAUGGUGGAAACCGACAGUAAAGGGGCAACUGUACGGCAGGCAACUUGGUCACCGUCUGGCUUAAGUAAUUUGGGCAGCUGUCUUUUAGUGGUUCUCACAACUUCUUUACAGGUGUCUGUCUACGCUCCUGUGGAAAACCCUCUUACCCAACGCUGGGUAGAAAUAGCGGAUCUAACAAUGUUGACUAAGGAGCUGCUCCCUCCCAAAGAAAUCCUUAAUGGAUUAACCUCUCGGGGGAUGCUUGAAAUGAGAGCUUCCAGUAUCUCAUGGUCUCCAAGCCUUCCGCUCUCAUCGAUGUUAGGUGUAGAUGGCAGUAUACUUGCUGUUUCCGAUAGAAUCGGCAAACUUGCCUUGUGGACCUAUGGGCAUCAGAAAAGAUUUCAGCGGUUAGCAUCCAUAUCUAUUGGGUCGCCAGCAAACUGGAUUGCCGAUAUUUCGUGGUCCGAUUGGACUGUCAAGGGUGAUACAUGCGAAGCGCUUCUUGCACUAGUAUUUACAGACGGUUCUGUGCAGUUACUGAAAAUCCAACAACAUGCGAAGCAGAAGCUUGACAGUUUGUCUGGAUGGAGUUGUACUAUUGGAGAGCCAAUUAGUGUCGACGACAGCGACCGUAGGCCAAUAACGGCGGUAAAAUGGGUGAAGGAUGUACUCGUCUGGACGAAGGCAGGUUCUGUGCACAUGUUCGCUAAUGAUGAAAGCCAAAGCGUUCCUUGGAAAGGCAUGCGAAAUCUGAGACUAGAAAGAGUGGGUGACUGGGCAAACGCCAAUGGCUUGAGUGCCUGCGUUGGGAUCCACCUCAUCAAUUCUUCCACUCUCAUGAUCACUCUUUCCUCACUGACCACUCACUUUGUGUAUUCAUUCGAUGAGAGUCCGGAGAUUGCCCCGACAGUAGAAAAUCUACGCCUAACAUGGCCCCUACGACAGAUGUCCCUUGAGCCUUUGCCAAUCAGUCAGCCUUACUUGGUUGAACGAUGGCGAGAGUUGACUAGCAACCAUGCUGGAUGGACAUUACAGACAUCAGGGUGGGCGGCCGUUGGCGAAUAUGGAAACAGUUUGACCUGGAUAACGGAACCGAUCAAUCUUCAUACGUUGCAUGUAUCGGCCGAUGCUGAUCGCAAUAGUCACUUUUUCAUGGCGAACUUUGAUAAUGUGAUCCCACCGGAAAAGCCAGUGUUAUCGGCCUUGGAAGAGAUAGUAGAGAAACCGCCUAAUCUUCUUCGUAUCUCUUCAAAGUUCGCUCUUUUGCCAUUUUUACUACAUUUGUCUAGUUCCCUCCAAGAAGACUUGGCGGCCGAUUUGUUACAGUUCCUUUCCUCUGCUGUGGAUGGAACGGCCGAUCUGAAAUCCAUGGUGGCGCUCAAAAACUGGCCCGUCGACGUCUGGGAAAGCUCGGCGCUCAAUUCCCUUCGCAUUUGUCUUGUGCUCACGAUAUGGUGUACAUCGGCAUUCCCAGCGUUUGCAAACGAAUUCCAAACACUUAGAUUGAAGAUAUCGACGUGUCUCCACUCCUAUCUUAUCACCCUGACAUUGUCAUGGCUUGUCACAACGGAAAUUGCGUCGAGACCAAUCGGAUCUUUCGACCGACGUUUCCUGCAUCGCCUUAUCAAGAGUGUCGAAGGGAGCCCGGGCCCGACUGUAGCGCCUAUUAUUUCUGUUGCGGCCGAAGCCAACCAAUCUCGCGCGAGGCAUUUGGCUGCAGAGCUCGGUAUGGAUGGAGAUGCUGGUCUUUCGGGGGAACCGGACGAAGAUAAGGAAACAUCGGCCGACGGGUCACGUAAGUCGUAACCAUAUUAUGUGGGCGUGACAAAUUGUAAAGCACACCUCGGGCGGUUGUCCGCGUCGUUACAAAUCAUAUUUCAGGGAUUAUAAUCUCGCUACUCUUUUGUUCUGACCAAUCCGGAACGCUUCAUUACCACCCAGAUACGUGCGUUUUGGACGCUGACCACGCGUCGCAUCUGGAUUGGAGAUGAGGACCAGUAUUCAUCAAAUGGAGAGAAUAUAUGUCGCGCUGACCUUAUAUUUUGUUGUAGCCUUCGCCGCAGAAACAUGCUCUGUGACUGGUCUUCCGAUAACUGAAGCCCGUUGCCGCAGAUGCACCACGUGCUCUGCGUGUUCUUUGAUUCCAGAGCGCGAUUUCGCUCUCCAAGCGGUUGUCGGCCGUGAUGGCAAGCCAGAAGCACCCCGAAAUAUACAAACAGGUAUUGGCCAGACUGAUUGGAUUGUAUCAACGCUACUGGAAGGAGCUAUUGGGUGCGUGAUUUGUGGAUCUAGGUGGGCUUCAAGCGCAGGGUACGCGUUGUGAACUGUGACUUUGAUCUGGAAUUUUCGCAUUGAAAGCGGAAGAUGGAGGUAGGCGAGUUAUUCGUAGCCUGUCAUGGCUUUCCAGUACCCAGUAAUACAUGUACAAAUUAUUAACGGUACAAGUACUGUAUGAGCUUUCGAUAUCAUAUGUGCAUUAGGUUUUCUUCCAUUGGCUUUCUAUUACUGUGCUACUGCUAGCCUCGCUGAGAUCUCACCUCCCAUAGAUCUUCCAGUGACCGAUCCAUGAUAACACCAUCCUUCUACCAGUCACAACAAUCUCAUUACAAACUACAUGUCUACAACUCAUCCGUAGAUGACAUGACAUGAUGUCAGCAUCAACUGGGCCAAGGGAACUUGCGAAGAGUUGAUUGGUUAACUAUUUAGAGGACAAAACGAGUGGCCGUGACCGUCUACUGUUGUACUUCAUGCAACAUCUUAGCCGUCUCGUGUCCUUCUCAUCGUAACCGCCGCCGUGGCUGUCGCUGAACGUGUUAAUAAAUGGCGGGCGCUAGGCACAUAAAU